AUGGGUUGGUUCGACGGCGAUUCCGAUCAGGCUCAGGCCCACGAGGAGUGGCAGAACAUCCCCCAGGGCGAGCACGAGGCUAAGUUCUCUCACGAGCUGCUUGCCGGUGCUGCCAGCUUCGCCGCUGCCCGCGCUUACGAGAACCACGUUGCUGAGAACGGCCAGCCCCCUAACCACGCUAUGGCCAAGGAGCUGUUGGCUGGCUUCGCCGGUGCUUUCAUCGACCGUGAGGUCGAGACUAAGGGACUGGACUUUGUUGACACCGAGCGGGCCAAGUACCAGGCUCGGCAGCACAUCGACCAAGUUGAGGAGGAGCAGUUCCAGUACUAG